AAGGUCCUGACCGGAUGUGAUGUAGCUGAUGAAGUGUAACUUGGCACCACCAUCGCAGCGGUUUGGUGUGGUUACAGGGGCGUGUCCGCUUCAUCCGCAUCGCUGGAAGAAGGAAGCUUAGCUCACUCAAUCAUGGCGCAGAAGCUCAAAGAAAGGUUUGAGAAGUUUCUCCACGAAAAGAAUCUUCUGACUGAUGUUCUGGGUAAAGUCGAAGCUAAGACCGGAGUAAACAGGACGUACAUCGCUCUUGGUGUGCUCGUGGUCAUCGCUGUCUACCUGGUCAUCGGCUACGGAGCCUCCCUGCUGUGCAACCUCAUCGGCUUCCUUUAUCCUGCCUACACAUCCAUUAAGGCCAUUGAGAGUGCCACGAAGGAGGACGACACCAAAUGGCUGACCUACUGGGUGGUCUAUGGACUAUUCAGCGUAGCAGAGUUCUUUGCUGACAUCUUCCUGUCCUGGUUCCCGUUCUACUACUUUGGGAAGUGUGCCUUUCUGGUGUGGUGCAUGGCUCCAACUCAUCCCAAUGGGUCAGUCCAGAUUUAUAACCGCAUCAUUCGUCCACUGUUCCUAAAGAAUGAAGCCAAAAUUGAUGAUGCUGUGAAGAACAUCAAGGAUAAAGCAUCAGAGGCGGCUGACAAAUUCAAAGAAGAAGCUAAGAAAGCCACAGCAAACAUCAUCUUUGAGGAGAAGAAGAGCUCGUAAGAAUGAGGCCUUAACAAGAAUCAAGUGUGUCUGUGGAUGUCACGCCUUAUCAUGCUUCAAGUGAACCCCUCAGUGUGCCGCUCCAACUCUCUGCCUACAUCACUAUAAAUAUUGUUUAAAAUGUUUCAGUUUGUCCUGAGGGCUCUUAAAUAACUAUCUGUGUUAUUUGUGUGUAUCAUCAACUCAAUAAAACCAAAUUUGGUCAA